UCUAAUAGAAUUUUGCAACACUACUAUGUGGACAACAGAAAACAUCGAAGAAUUUAAGAAAAUCGGGAAUAAUUUAAUCUAGGAUCAUAAAUACCCUAUAAUAUUAGCAAAUUUAUCCUAUGAAGUCUCACAUCUGACAAUCAAAAUUCAAAACACGCCAACAUGUUCCUCUCCAUCGCCCCGCCUUUAAUGGAUUUCGAAGACGAAUUGCUAUGGAUAAAUCAGUCAAAUAGCGAAAAACUGGAAAUACUAUACGACAAAUCGAACUAUGUGACGCCCAAUACAAAACACUUAAUUGAGCAGGCUUUCCUCCAACCUCUGAGUCUGCAGGAUCAGCAAAUUCUAUUCGACGACUUGCUUAAACAGAACACGGACAUUGCUCACCAAUAUGGAUUGACUCCUGCCAAACUACCUCUUCUGGUGGAAAACAAUCCAUUGAUUUCCAUUGAAAUUCUUCUAAGACUGAUGAUGACAUCCGACAUAACAGAGUAUUUCAACAUACUGGUUAAUAUGGACAUAACGUUGCACUCAAUGGAGGUGGUUAACCGUCUUACUACCUCAGGUCCUUUGCCCACGGAGUUCAUCCAUUUGUACAUUAGCAAUUGCAUCUCGACCUGUGAAACUGUGAAGGAUAAAUACAUGCAAUCUCGGCUGGUUCGACUCGUUUGUGUGUUUCUUCAAUCUCUUAUUCGAAAUAAGAUUGUUAAUGUCAAGGAGCUUUUCAUUGAAAUCGAAGCGUUUUGCGUGGGAUUUAGCAAAAUUAAAGAAGCCGCCGCCCUAUACCGUCUCAUUAAGCACUUGGAAACCGGAGAAAGUGCUUUGUCUUCGAACUCGUUAGCAAAGUAACAAAGUCCUUGUUUCGUUUUAAAAUACUAUAAACUGUUUGAUUACAUCCAAAUAUAGACCAUUUCGCCAUUCGUAAAGAAAAAACACCCAUUGGUUACAAGUAAAAACAAA